AUGGCACCCUCUAGUCCUGCUUCCCAGAAAGUGCCUGUUGAAACCCACCAACUUUUCCUCUUUGGCGAUUUGAGUUUCACGCACUUUGAGCAGCCGCUGCGACGAUUGUUGCAUUGCAAGUCUAAUGCUGUCUUGUGUUCGUUCUUCGAUAGGACUAGUCAAUCUAUUCGGCAACAUCUUGGGACGCUUCCGCUCGAGCAACAGACCCUUUUUCCACGAUUCACCACACUCCUGGACUUGGUGUCCAGGUACGGCCAGAGAGAAGGGACACCUAUUCUGAAGUUUUUCCUUCUCACCGUUUAUCAGAUUGCCAGUCUCAUCGAGUUGUAUACAGUGUCACAAUAUUCUCUGCCAGUAACAGACACCUACACCAUAGGCCCUUGUGCCGGUGGCUUCGCGGCUGCUGUCUUUUCAUGCUUCCGCAACGUUGAUCAUCUUGUCACUUGUGGUAGUGCGUCAACGCUAGCUGCAUUCGAGACAGCCCUACUCUCUUAUGUUAUGGGGAAGAAACUCUCGUUGAAACCCACAGACGGAAACAAUGAAGAAUCAUGGUCAGCAACAGUGACUGCUGAUCGAGAAGUUGACUUAGAGAAAAUUCUUCAUCAGGAUGCGGAAUCUAAAGUUAGCUCGAGACUAUGGGUCAGCUCGAUCACUUCUCCACGCUCAGGCACCAUAAGUGGUCUGCCUUCUCUGUUACAGGAUUUCACUGCCUCAAACUCGAGCACAUUCAGGUAUCGCUACUUAGAGAUCCAAUCACCAUAUCACGCCAGUCAUCUGUUCUCAUCAAACCGGGCCCAAAAAAUUGUACAAUUGGUUUUAGGAGGUAGUUCUCCGUAUUUUGCAGCCCUCAGGCCUCAGAUACCAUUCGUAUCUUGCGCAACUGGUCAGGUCGCCAAUGUACCCGACUUUCAGCAUCUCCUUCAGCUCGUUGUUGAUGAUGCCUUGCGCUCUCCGAUCAGAUGGGAUGCCGCGAUUUCGUCAUACAGCACACUUCUCAAACAUAUUCUUGUCAAAGAAUGUAAAAUCAUCAACUUUUCCAGCGGAGCCGCUACCAUGAUAUCCUCGAGGCUGACUAACGAUCUGGGGAUUCAAGUUCAAGUCAUUGAAGCAUCAAUGACAACGAAGCACCACCAGCAACCGAGCUUCGGUACAGGACGCUUUGAUCAGUCAAAAAUUGCCAUCGUUGGCUAUUCGGGCCGCUUUCCCUCGGCUGCUUCCAAUGACGCUUUUUGGGAGUUGUUGAAAGCUGGGCGUGAUGUACACCAGGAGAUUCCGCCAAGUCGAUUCAACUGGGAAACGCACUAUGAUCCAUCAGGCAAGAGAAAGAAUACCAGCCGUGUCAAAUAUGGUUGUUUCAUUGACGAACCUGGCCUUUUUGAUGCUCGAUUUUUCAAAAUGUCGCCCAAGGAAGCUGAGAAUACGGACCCGGCCCAACGUUUGGCAAUCACAACCGCUUAUGAAGCAAUGGAAAUGGCAGGCAUGGUCCCUAAUCGAACACCAAGCACUCAGAGUGAUCGAAUUGGAGUCUUUUUCGGUACAACCAGCGACGACUGGAGAGAAGUCAACAGCGGACAGGAUGUUGGCACCUACUUUAUUCCUGGUGGAAAUCGCGCUUUUGUUCCUGGUCGAAUCAGCUACUUCUUCGGUUUCUCCGGUCCUAGUAUAAGCAUUGACACGGCAUGUUCCUCAAGCUUUGCAGCAAUUCAGACUGCCUGCGGUUACCUAUGGAGGGGUGAAUGCGAUACUACCGUUGCUGGAGGUACGAAUGUAUUGACCAACCCGGACAAUUUUGCUGGCCUGGACCGUGGUCAUUUCCUUUCUACAACCGGGAACUGCAAUGCAUUCGAUGAUGAUGCUAGCGGCUACUGCCGUUCCGAGGCUGUUGCAACUGUGAUUUUGAAACGCCUUGAAGAUGCUGUGGCUGAUCAUGACCCUAUAUUUGGAGUGAUUGCAGGCACCAACACAAACCAUUGUGGCAAUGCCGACAGCAUCACCCGCCCACACGAAGGAGAUCAAGCGAGUGUUUUCAACAGCAUUAUUCGCCAUGCAAAUAUUGACCCGUUGGAUGUGAGCUACGUAGAGAUGCACGGCACUGGAACUCAAGCGGGCGACGCUACAGAGAUGAACUCCGUGUUGUCGGUUUUCGCGAAGGACUAUCAGAGAAUACAAGGCCCGAAAGAUCGUCCUUUGUUCCUGGGCUCAGCCAAAGCCAACAUAGGCCACGCCGAGUCAGCUUCGGGUGUAUCCUCUCUCAUCAAAGUGCUGCUGAUGAUGAAGCACAAUGAGAUUCCUCUUCAUUGUGGGAUCAAGACGAAGAUCAACCACAACUAUCCGCUGGACCUGGCGGAACGGGGAGUUCAUAUCGCCUCUCGAACUGUCCCGUGGUUACGAGGGGACUCAAAUUCGAACAAACGGGUGACGUUCUUAAACAAUUUUAGUGCUGCUGGUGGCAAUACUGCAAUUCUGCUUGAGGAUGCGCCAGCUCUCACAUCGAACGCCAACAUCUCGGUGGAUCAACGGUCGACGCAUGUGGUGACGAUAUCGGGCAAAUCCCCUGACUCUCUUCUGAGCAACAUGGACGCCAUAGCUUCAUUUCUCGAAAACAAAGGCAGCAACAUUUCACUUCCAGCACUUGCGUAUACAACCACGGCACGGCGAAUGCACUAUAACUACCGUUUUGCGGCACGAGGAUCAGAUAUUAUGUCAAUAUUCUCGGCCCUCAAGGCUGGUAUUCAAGAACUAGGCGCAAAAAGAUGCAGCUUGAAGCCUGUGCCCAUCCUGAAGAGACCAAAUCCAAGCACCAUUUUUGUGUUUUCAGGCCAGGGGACGCUCUAUAGCGAGCUUGCGAAGUCACUUUUUACAACCAAUGUCUUCUUCCAAGAGAGUCUACUUCAUCUCAGUACCCUUGCGCAGGCUCAGGGGUUUCCAGAUUUCCUUGGAAUUAUUGACGGCACACUCGACAGCAACGUGGCCGGUGCGGUGGCUACACAACUAGCGUUGGUGUGCGUACAAAUCGGCCUGACAGAUCUCUGGAACAGCUGGGGCAUAUCUCCCACCGCCGCAAUCGGCCAUAGCCUGGGAGAAUAUGCUGCAUUCUAUGCUGCUGGUGUCCUCAGCGCUGCCGACACCAUUUACCUCGUUGGGACUCGUGCUUGGCUACUCGAGAAACAUUGCACCCCAGGCACACAUUCCAUGCUCGCAAUACAAGGCUCACUGGAGGCGGUUUCCCAGCUACUUCAAGAUAGCGACAAGAAACGCAACUGCGAGAUAGCAUGCGUCAACUCACCAAAGGCUCAUGUCGUUGCAGGACCCAAGGACUGCAUCUCCCGGGUUGCCGCCGCGGCAAGUGCAUCAGGUAUCCAGAACACUAUUUUAGACAUCCCAUUUGCUUUCCAUUCGACCCAGAUCAAGCCUAUCCUCAAUGCAUUUGAGCAGGCAGCAACGCAGGCCGUCGUCUUCCGCCCUAGCAGAAUUCCAUACCUCUCACCGCUACAAGCUCGAGCUAUUCCUGCGGGAGACGGGUUCACGCUAAAUGCCUCAUAUCUGACAGCGGCAUGUCGGGCCAAAGUAGAUUUUGUUGGAGCUCUGCGUACGAUCAUUGCAAGUCCACACUUGAACCUUGGCAGUUUGGAAACCGUCCAGUGGCUUGAAAUCGGAUCUCACCCGAUAUGUUGUGACAUGGUGAAGGGUACCUUUGAGCCAAAAUCAGUUCACACUCAUGCAACGCUUCGCCGAGGGGUAGAUGCCUACAAAAUCAUAACAGCGACUGCCCAACAACUUUACCUAUCUGGCAUCAACAUGGAAUGGAACGAGUACCAUCGGGAUUUCGCAGCGUCACAAGAAGUCCUCCAGCUUCCCUCUUAUAGGUGGGACUUGAAAAACUAUUGGAUCCAGUAUCGCAACGAUUUUUGCCUUACAAAAGGUGACGGUCCAGGACUCCCAGCUUCGGUCCAGAAAAAUGAUCGACCAGCUAAUGCGCCGAAGUACAUCUCACCGUGCGCUCAACGCGUGGUCGAAGAGCAACAUGGUGCGGAUGAGUCCUCGAUAUUGGUAGAGUCCGACAUCUUCGAUGGUCGUCUUAUACCAAUCCUCCAGGGACACAGAGUGAAUGGGGCGGCUCUUUGUCCCUCUUCAAUGUAUGCGGAUGUGGCUCUUACAAUGGCUGAAUAUCUUCUGCGUCAAUCUCCCGAAUCUGACCAAGCCCGCGACCCUGGCUUCGAGAUUGUCAAUACGAAGAUUGACAACCCCUUAAUUGCCCACCCGUCAGAGACUACACAUCGUAUCGGCAUCAAAGCGCUAGCACGAUGGCGUGCAGGUGUUAUACAAAUUGCGAUUUUCUCUCUAAAAGAAGAGUACGAGCCUUCUAAAAUGCAUGCCACGCUUGACGUCCAGAUUGCGCCCAAACAAGAUUGGAUCUCCGCUUGGAAUCGCACUGCGCACCUCAUCAACGCCCGCAUCGAUAGCCUUCACCACAGUGUCUACGACAGCAAGGGCAACAGCGAAUGCAAUCGUAUGAAGCGGCGAUUGGUCUACCGACUCUUCAGUGCGCUAGUCCAAUACAAGGACGAAUACCAGGGCAUGUCGGAGGUGAUUAUCAACAGCGAACACCUGGAGGCGACCGCGGAAGUCAAUUUCCAAGUUGGAAAGUCCGAUUUCCACCUUGAUCCUCGGUGGAUCGAUAGCUUGGGCCAAGUUGCUGGCUUCAUCAUGAAUGCUAAUGACACUCUGGAUCUGCGGGACCGGGUUUUCAUCAAUCAUGGCUGGCAACGCAUUCGAUUUGCAGAAAAACUGGAUGCGACGAAAACCUAUCGCGCCUAUAACCGGAUGCACCUGAUAGAAAAGGAGUCAUAUGCUGGUGACACGUAUAUCUUGGAUGGUGAUCGCAUCGUGGCCGUCUAUGAAGGUGUGCGGUUCAAAGGAAUUCCAAGACAACUCCUCGAUCGCAUCCUUCCGCCUGCAUCAAAUCUGGGAUCAAGCACAAAAAAUCAGGCCAAGAACAGUGGUCCACAUCCCUCCAAUCAUCUUUACCCUACUCCAGCGCUCCUUGACUCGACCUCGGAAAGAGCGCCAGAAGCUCCUCGCAGCAUCCGCACCUCUGUGCCUUCUGCUGGGCCUUUUGAAAAGAUGCUUAGCAUUAUUGUCCAAGAAGUCGGCGUCGAUCCUAGGGAGUUGACCGCUACCAUGGACUUUGCAGAGCUUGGAGUCGAUUCUCUACUAUCACUUACGAUCAUUGCAAAAGCUCGCGACGAACUCGGCCUUGAACUAUCAUCUUCGCUCUUCGUCGAGUGCGCAACAGUUCAGGACUUACAAAUGUUCCUUAAGGGGCUAGAGCAAAGGGAUCUGGCAUCGACGAGCCAACCUGGUUCUUGCGCGUCCAGUACCUACGGCUCAGACUCGGGACCCUCUUCUUCCUCGACUCCUCUGACGAUUCCAACGACCCCCCGAAAGUCUUUUGAACUAUCAGGGUCGCAAGAGAGGCUGUCCACACGUCUGCGAGUAGCAGCAGUCUUGCAAAAGAUUGUGGCGGAAGAAACUGGCAUCCCGGACGUGCAACCUUCGGCGAGCCUCGCCGAAAUCGGAGUUGAUUCUCUGCUCGGACUCACGAUGAGCAGCCGCCUACAGGAAGAACUUGGGAUAACUGUCACGAGUAGCAUAUUCCUGGAGCACGAAACGCUGCAGAGCCUCGAAAAGGCACUUUGCGAUGCCGCUGGGUCGAGAGACGCGGAGCACAAAGGGCAGGCCGGCGCAGGAGCCACCGCACAGACCCGUGCAAAGCACGCUGACCAUGCUGAUGCCGCUGUAGCUGCUCGUCCCAGCAUUGUGGACUCCGCUACAAUGAGAGUCGGUGAGCACUUACAAUCUCUGUCCUCUCUACCCAGCGCAACCUCCGUCCUUCUGUCAGGAUCACCGCAUCAGGCCAAGCAAGCCUUAUUUCUGUUUCCAGACGGUUCUGGCUCGGCUUCGUCGUACAUCGCUCUCGCUGAGGCCAUGAACUCUAAGGACGUUGCUGUUUACGGUUUAAAUUGCCCUUGGCGAAAGACGGCGGCUGAGAUGAUCCGUCUUGGCAUCGACAUGGGCGCAAUGAUCGACAGAUAUAUCGUGGAGGUGGAGCGCCUUGUGCAGGAGCUACCCCGCGGGCUGUCGAUCAGCGUGGGCGGCUGGUCAGCGGGCGGGAUUCUCGCGGCCGAAGCAGCAACAUACCUCAUGCAACGAACACGACUCCAUGUUCACAGCCUUGUUCUGCUCGACUCGCCGAACCCGAUUGGUCUCCAAAAUCCGCCAGCAAGGAUGUACGAUUUCUUUGACUCUCUCGGCAUCUUUGGCUAUGGAGGCAGAACGCCAACCUGGCUACGAGCCCAUUUCGAUGCAUUUCUCCGCAUCCUCGACAAGUACGAGCCUCGACCACUUCUCCAGGCCCCGAAGGCAUUGAUCAUCUAUGCUCGCGAUGGUGUCAGUAAGGGUAUCGCAGGACCGAGGAUGCAGACAUUCCCGGAUGAUCCGAGGGAGAUGCUCUGGCUGCUGAAUGACCGUGAGGAUUUCUCUGCCGAGGGCUGGUCGACGGUGCUGGGGGGCCAGAAGUUACGAGUGGCGGUGAUGGACGACGUCAAUCAUUUCAGUUUGAUGGACAAAGGCCCGGGCAUGGUUAGAAUGGCAUCUAUUGUGGGCAAUUUCCUUGCGGAGUUACCUUCAUUUAAAGGGUAG